AUGAAGCUCCUCAUGGGUGAAUUGUUUGAUCCCAAGAUCAGAAUGAGGUCUCUGGUGCUGUUGGUAUCUUUCCUUUUUGGAGUCUUGGAUGCCAUAAGGACUUUAAAAGAAGGUCCAAUGAUUGAUGCUGAAGGAAGGGAAUACAAAUCUGUCAAUCUGGGAGAUUACAGCAAACCAAAGCCCAGUGACAGACCCACUGUUCGUGUGCAGUGCACAGAAGUUUCCAUGAUAAUUUUAAUCCAGGCUGAUUUUUACAACAAUGGCCGCCUAGUUUCCCCAGAGGAGCUGUUUCUGGGAGAUGCCAAGUACUGGAGGAACAAACGGUGCCAAGCUGUUGAUGCUGGGAAUGGAGAAUAUGUCAUAGAGGCUGAACUGCAUGACUGUGGCUCCAAGUUAACAAUAUCUCGAGAUGACAUGAUCUACUCGAACAACCUGAUGCUAUCUCCACCUGUUGGUUCUCAUGGCAUUACAAGGAUGACGGAAGCUGUGGUUCCCGUUUCUUGCCAUUAUAAAAGGACCCACACUGUAAGCAGCACUUCUCAGCAGCAGGCUCAAGCUUCCUCCGCUUCAUUAAAGUUUCCUAUGGGAAGCUCUCCUAUUUCUCUGAAGCUGAAAACUGAUGACUGGUUAGGUGAGAAGCAUACGAAUGCCUUUUACCUCGGUGACCCAGUGCACCUCGAGGCCUCGUACAGUGGUCCAGAUCAAAGGAAACUAUUCAUCGACUUCUGUGUUGCGACUCUGACACCUGACUACACAUCAGCACCCAGAUACUAUUUCAUUGAUAACCAUGGCUGCUUUGUUGAUGCUAAAGAUGGAGGUCUUAAUUCAGUCUUUCAAGCCAGAUCAAAGCCCAGUUUGCUUCGGCUCCAAUUUGAUGCUUUCUUGUUUAGAAAUGAUCCGAGGAACACUAUAUUUAUAACCUGUGAGGUUAAAGCUACAGGCCAGUUGUGGAAGAGCAGCCCAACAAACAAGGUCUGCAAUUACAGGCAUUCGAGCUGGAAGAACGUGGAUGGUACUGAUGAUGUUUGUCAGUGUUGCCAAAGCACCUGCAUUAGCCAAAGGUCUACAGAUGACCUUUGUGACACCUUGACUUUAGGCCCUUUGAUAAUAAAUCCCAGGAGAUUGGCAAAGGAAGAAUCGUGAAACUAUACUCUGAGCACCACAUUUAUCCUGGCAUUGUAAAAUGACAAUGAAGGCAAAGCUAUG